AUGAGUGGUCCGAAUGGUAUGUUGUAUGGUGGGGAUGAAAUAGGCGCGUUAGUUUUUGACCCUGGGCAUCAUUCUCUAAGAGUUGGUUAUGCCCAAGAGGAUACUCCGAAAGCUGAUAUUCCAGCAGUUAUUGGUGUGGGACCUGCUACGCAUAUUCCAGAUGCAGAAGAGAAGGUUCCAGAUGGGAAUAUUACUCAAACCGCUACAAAGAAAGAUGAGCUACGCUACUACAUCGACGUCACAGAGCUACACGUGCCCCGCCCGGGCAUGGAAGUACAGACGUACAUGAAAGACGGACAAAUAGACAACUGGGAUCUGUUCGAAAAGAUGUUGGAUUACUGUUACUCAAAGGUCAUAAGAUCACCAUCGGAACACCAUCCAGCGUUAUUCACUGAGGCCGUGUGGACAACAAGGCCAGCUAGGGAGAAGCUAGCUGAGUUACUGUUUGAGAAAUAUCAAGCACCAGCGUUCUUUCUUGUAAAGAAUGCAGUAUUGGCUGCGUUUGCUAAUGGAAAGUCGACAGCGCUCGUCGUCGACGCUGGAGCUAGCCAAACAUCAGCUGUUCCGGUUAUAGAUGGGUAUGCGUUAGUAAGUGCAGCGGUUAGGUCUCAGAUUGGUGGAGAUCACCUCGUGAAUCAAGCAAAAACUAUGCUCAAUAACAUGCAUAUACAGAUGUUACCCAUUUACAGUAUACAGAGCAAAGAAGUGAUCCGGGAGAGAGAAAGAGCUCGGUAUACACUCAAGACAUUACCCGCAGGCUUGACACAGUCGUGGCAACAAUACAUGCUGAAGAGACAGUACGAAGAUUUUGUGCAUUGUGUGGCUCAGGUCUCAGAAACGGCCUACGAUGAUAGGACCGCAGCGUCAGUCCCAGGGCUCCACUACGAGUUCCCCGGAGGAUAUCAUCAGGACUUUGGUCCUGAACGCUUCAAGCUGACCGAGUGUUUGUUCGAGCAAAGUCUUGGAGCUCCGCAUCUAGUGUGCGCAGCCGCCGGCGCGUGCGACGCCGACGCCCGCGCCGCGCUGUGGGGCGCGGUGGUGGCGUGCGGCGGCGGCGCGUGCGCGGCGGGCUGGCCGGAGCGCCUCGCCAAGGAGCUGGCCGGCCGCGCGCCCUCCGCGCACCGCCUCAAGACGCACGCGCCGCCCGCGCACAACGAGCGCCGGUUUGCCGCCUGGAUCGGUGGAUCGAUCCUGGCUUCAAUUGGUUCCUUCCAACAGAUGUGGAUAUCGUCGCAGGAAUACGACGAGGGUGGCAAAGGGCAGCUUGAAAGGAAAUGCCCUUAAAGCAAUGAAAAUAUAUUUUAUAUAGAUUUAUAUAGACUAAGAUUAUAAUAAUACUAAUUAUGUAUAGGAAUUUCUUUUUUACUGGAUUGUGUGAAAUAAAAAGAACAUAAAAAUGAUUUAGAUGAUUUCGUUGAUUCCCUUGACCUUAACAGUACCAGUAAAGUGUUCAGUAAAAUAAAAGCUUGUGCUUUUAGAAAUGAGAAUUUUGUUUUAAUUUUGACUUGGAUAUGUCUAAAACUAUUAAUGGAAAUUAUUAUUCGCUUUGAAAGCUAAAUUAUUACUAAACAAGUGAUAAUAUUUGUAUAGUUCCCAGACAGGCCCGAGAGCCUGUCUGGGUACGGGACUUGCAGCUCACCUCCUUAGCCGGGCUUUCUUCACCGGGGCACGUUGCCUCCGGGAUCACAUUAGUUUAGGCCGAUGGGUUGGGUCCUAAGACCUUAAGGUUUUCACCUAGUUGUAAUCCUCCCACCGUCAGGUCAUACCUGGCUAGGUGGUCCAUCCCUUAUUUAAGGCGGCGUCUUUUGGGAGACUAACAAUUAGUGAAGGUAGUUCAAAUAUUCAGUAAAAGAUGGCGCUAUGAGUCAAAUACACAAUAUUUACAAUAUUCAAAAUGAAAGUUUCUCUGAGCGAUUUUAGAUUAAUUUUUAGACUUGAUACACUCGUUAAAAUGUUGUACUCGUAUAAUAUCAUAUUGCUUUAAAAAAAUUAAAUUGAAUGAUUGUGUUGUGCAGCUGCAUUUUAUACUUAACAUAUUGUAAUAGAUAUUGUAGCAUUUUUUAAAUUGUUUUUGUGUUCUUUUUUGAAAACAUUGUGUAAAAUAAUGUGUAUGAAUGAUUGCGAGCGGAUAAUAAACUACCGUUAGAAA